AUGAUGACGCGUCGCCUCAGGAACGAAGUGCGUACGAGCGUGGAGGGCACUUCAGGCCUCACAACGACACCGAAAACGAGGCCGGGAUGUUUGGGACGCUCGUGGUGCAGCUACCGACCGCCACCGGACACAAGGGGGGGUCUUUGGUCUUGCGCCACGGCCGCAAGAGACGCGUCUUCGCCUGGGAAGACCCUGACGGGAGCUACGCCCGCAGACUUGGGGGGUGGAGCGGCGGCAGCGGUAGCGGGAACGGCAGGACGCCGUGGCAGGGGGCGCAGGACCAGCACUCCGCCCUCUUCUCUUCCCGUGCGUUGCGCCGCGUUCUACGGCGGCUUCUGUGAGCACGAGCUGCAGACAGUCACGAAAGGCGUGCGGUUGUGCCUCCUGUACAACCUCGUGUGGACCACGCCGGGUCCCCAGCCCGUCGCCGCGGUCGGCCAGAGCGGAUCGGCGGUGCAGCUCCGUCUCUCGGACGCAGUAGCUGCGUGGUGCCGUCCCAUCAGCAGCUGCAACGCCGCCAAGUUCAUCGUUCCGCUCGCGCACGAGUACACCAAGGCCAGCCUGUCGUUCAGCGGUCUGAAGGGUCGGGACCGUGCGAUGGCGGACUCUCUGCGCGCGUGCAGGGAUCUGGACCUGUACCUGGUAACGAUUGUGAAGCACGAGAACCGCAUGCCGUGGGACGACUCCUUCGACAGGAGCUGCGACAGGAGGAGGGGUACCACGACGGUUUCGACUUCCCCUGACGGCUACGAAGGGGAGGGGUACGCCUACGGUUGCGGAGGUGGAGACGGUUUCGAGGACGGCAUUUACCGCGACCACGGCGGCUACGUGUCAGACGACCCUGAAGAUAAGGAGAUGUGUGAGCUAUAUCAAACGACCAUAGCGGCGGAGGACUGGGUGGAUGGCGAGGACGACUCGGAGUGUUCGGACCUGGACAUCAACAUCAACGGCCACGAGGUUCUUGGCUAUCUCCCGCUUGAAGACCCAGACGAAUCCGCCGAGGAGAGCGAUGAUGACGAUGAUGACGGGUGCGACUCCGCCGACGCGAAAGGCCUUGAUCUCCUGUUCCCCGCGGACACCGAGGCGACCGAGCGAGCGUACCAGGGUUACACGGGCAACUGUAGCCCAACUCUUGACUUCUGGUACCAACGGGCGGCCCUCAUCUUCUGGCCCAGCUCAGCAAAGAUGCGCGUGGAGCUGGAGAACGGGCCUAGCUCCGCUCUCAGGGUCGCCCGCGAGCGCUCUUCCGAGUACGGCGACGCCGGCGAACUGCCCUUGGCGGAUCUCGCCAUGAUAGUGUCCCUCGCCGAGACUAAACGGGAGAAGCCGCACCGUCAAGGCUACUACUAUCCGUCAGCGCCGCCCCCCGGCCAUGUCUUCAUCACCGACGCGCGGGACACGGCAGAUGUGCUCGCCCUGUGCUCGAGAGCCGGCGCGGCAGCCCUCGACUCUUCUCGCCGCUUGCUGCGGCUCCUAGCGGGCGGUACAUCGGGGGCCGUCGAGACUCCAGGCCUGGUAUCGGAGGGGGUGUCGCGGGGAGUGGCGGCACUAGUGCGGGCGGUCGGGUGGCAAGCGAUCGGGGGCGACGUGUUGCGGCUGGUGGAGGCUUGCAGUCUCGAGCAAGCGGGAAACGUGGCCGUACUUGACGAAAAACUGCUUUCGCUUCCGCGGCAACAGCAGCCGGAGCUUGAGCAAGACGUCGCUGGUGUCAAGUUGUUGAGGUCCAAGCGUCGCAGCAGCCUGCGGUUGAGGACGGUGUUGAUGUCAAGGCUGAGGUCCAAACGGCGCAGCAGCCUGUGCUUCAGGACGAUGUUGGCGAUGUCAUGCCUGAGGUCCAAGCUGUGCAGCAGCCUGGGAUUGAGCAAGACGGCGCUGGAUCUGGGCGCGGCGGCGAUCAAGACGUUCGCUGAGGAUGUACUGUGGCUGGCGGCAAGCGUCAACGGCGCCGGCGGGUUGGAGCAGGGAUUCGUCGGUGCAAUGGUGAUGGGCACGAGAAGCGGCAACUCUACACAGAUCUGCGAGGGUCAGGAGAAGCUGAAGGCGGUGCUCGAAUCGAAGGCCGUGCAGGCCGCCGUUCGUGGCGGUGGUGGGGCUGGCAGCAGCACCGACGGCUCUCAAGUCUUCUGGAGGGCCUUGGUAUCGGAGCGGCUGGUGAACCUGGAGGCACAGGCCCCGCCGGAGUUGUGCUGGCGACAGCCGAACGCAGUCUUCACGAAAGAUCCGCAGAUACAGCACUUUCUACGCGGGCCGGAGAGCACCAUGAUUUACCGUGGCACCCCCGGUUCGCCCUUCACGAGCCUUGACCAAGCCAGAGUAUGCUCCUACAGCUUUUACGGGGUCCACGCCAAGGCUGUCGCGCGAGUCGACGGCCGCCGUGCGCUCGUGGAGAUCACCAAGACAGUGGAUCUGCACGAAGAGAGGGUCAAGGCCCACGCGGAAGUCUGA